AGCGUAUGCGAACGAGAUAAGUCAGAUUGUGGCAAGUAUGAAAUCUGCAUCGUAGACAUUCGAACCAACAGUGCACGAUGCAUUUGCAAGGAUGGUUAAACAGGAAAGCCCUGUAGUAAGUGAAUAAUAAUGACAAUAAUGUUUGCAAACAAAAAAUGCAAAGAAAACCGGCGCAAUAGUGCUUUCACUGCUCGAACUUUCACACCUCGAGCACUAGCUGUACACAACUUCUAUAUUUGUUGAUCAACCCCUCCUCUCAAUACAUUUCCUUUGUUUUUGUUGAUGGUAUUUUAGAAACGUAAGGAUCAUUCAUUAUCAAGAGAAACACUAACACCGUGACUAAGUAAAAAUAAAUUACUUCUACUAUAGUCCAAGCGUACCAUUCAAAUCAAAUUUUUCGAAAACCAACAGAACCCAUCGCCAAAAGUUGUGCUCUACUUUAUCAACAUGGUGUCACAUCUAGCGGUGUGUACGCUAUCAAUCCAGAUGGCGGACAUGCCAUGCAAGUGUUGUGUGACAUGACCACGAACGGUGGAGCUUGGACUGUUUUUCAGAGACGUUUGAACGGCUCUGUUGAUUUCUAUCGAGAUUGGUCGUCCUACAAAAAUGGCUUCGGAGAUUUACACGGCGAGUUCUGGCUUGGAAAUGACAAUCUUCAUCGUUUGACAGCCGCUGGUAACGUUUCGUUGAGAGUUGACCUGGAGGACUUCGAAGGUAACAUCAAAUACGCUGAGUACGCGACAUUUAAGGUGGCGGACCAGACAGAUAAAUACCGAAUUGUAAUUGGUGGAUACAGUGGGACAGCUGGAGACGGUAUGAAUGAACAAAGGUAUUAUAAACAGUAGUUUAGAAUUGAGGUUGUUGAAAGUAAAAUGUGCGAUAAUUUGCAGGCAAAUAUUUUUAUAUCUAUUCGUUUCGAGACUUGUGCGAGUAAAGAGAUGGAAUCCUGAAAAAAUUCUCAAUUCAUUUAUUUCUUACUUAUUUUUCCUUUUCCCUUUUUUUUUUUUUUUUUUUGUAUCCGCCAUUUUCAGUUUUGGCUUAUGAGAUGUUAAAUUAGUGUACCAAAAGUUCCAAUACUAUUACAAUAUUCCUCCAAUUUAAUAAGAUCUACAAACCGUAUUUUGUGGUAUUAACACUUUGUAGUGAUAUGCAGUUCUCCACAAGAGAUAGUGACAACGACAUAAAACCAAACAGCAGCUGUGCUCAGAAGUACAAAGGCGCCUGGUGGUACAGUGAUUGUCAUCGAUCCAAUCUAAACGGGUUGUAUCUCAGCGGAAGUCACUUGUCAAUGGCUGAUGGCGUCAACUGGAUUCCUUUUAAAGGAUAUCAAUACUCACUGAAACGUACAGAAAUGAAAGUAAAGUAG